UGCAAGAGGCGGACGGUGGCCUCUGUCUCUCUCUAUCUCUCUCACACACCUUUUUUGCUCCCACCCCACACCCCUACCCCGCUAUCUGUGGGGUGACCCAUACACAGGACUAAACACCAACGAGUCAGCUUACUCUACCCCCUCUUCAAGGUUGCAGCAGCAGCAUGAGGAGGGGUUCCCUGCUCCCCCUGUCCGUGGUGGUGGUGGUGGUGGUGGUGGUCGGCCUGCCCCCUCCUGCCACGGCCCAGCUUGGGAACUAUAACCUUCAGUACGACCCUAAUACUCUGCUACAGAUCCUACAGCAAUAUGAGGCAGCCGCGGCAGAAGCAGAGGCAGCAGCAGUAACAGCAGCAGAAGUAGAAGCAGCAGCAGUAGAAGAACUAGAAGAUGAAGACAGUUAUUCCUACGGUAAGCGACAAAUUCCCAACCACUACUCCUUCGGAUUGGGCAAGAGGACGCCUAACGCUUACUCCUUCGGGCUGGGAAAGAGAGGAGGGGUCUAUUCCUUCGGCUUGGGCAAGAAAUCUGGAAACUACAAUUUUGGUUUAGGAAAGAGAAGUGUGAGGGACGUAGCGAGUGAGGACCAGGAGAAGCAGGCGUUGGAGGAGGAGGAUAAAGAUGAAGUGAAGAGGUCCAAGAGAGAUGUGAGUGAGGAGAAAGAAGAGGAGGAGGACAAGAGGACUGCCUAUGAUACCUACAGCAAGAGGCCAAGAGCUUACUCCUUCGGGCUGGGCAAGAGGAAACAAGAGGACAUGGCUUUCUCCAAGAGGCCAAGAGACUAUGCAUUUGGGCUUGGCAAGAGGGAGUACACUGACUUAGAAAAACGACCUAGAUCUUACUCAUUCGGGCUUGGGAAGAGAGAAGACGACCAGGAACUAGAGAAGAGACAACGACCCUAUUCUUUCGGGCUUGGCAAGAGGGAGGACGACUCAGAGUUCGACAAGAGACAGGGCCCUUACUCAUUCGGGCUGGGGAAACGAGGAUACGAUGACGAGGAGGAAGAGGACAAGACCUUCUAUGCAUUUGGGCUUGGCAAGAGACCCCGCACUUAUAGCUUCGGGCUUGGCAAACGGGCUGAUGACUUGGAAGAGGAAGAGGAGGAGGAAGAAGAGGAACCCUUGGAUUUGGAUGAACUUGAGGACUUGGCAAAGCGGGCUUCAGGGAUUCAAAACUAUGACUUCGGGCUUGGUAAACGUGCUGGCCCUUACUCCUUCGGGCUUGGGAAGAGAGACGGCCCUUACUCCUUCGGGCUUGGGAAGAGAGACGGCCCUUACUCCUUCGGGCUUGGGAAGAGAGACGGCCCUUACUCCUUCGGGCUGGGAAAACGAGGAGGUCUUUACGAAUUCGGGCUAGGCAAACGAGGCUCUGGACAGUACGCGUUCGGGCUUGGCAAGAAGGCUGGACAGUACUCCUUCGGGCUUGGCAAACGGGCCCAGGGCGACUCUAGUGACUCCUACACCCUUGGGCGAAGAUCCGGCAGUUACUCAUUCGGUCUUGGAAAACGUGCAGGUCCUUACUCAUUCGGCCUUGGGAAACGUGCAGGUCCUUAUGAAUUUGGCCUUGGAAAACGUGCAGGUCCUUAUGAAUUUGGCCUUGGAAAACGUGCAGGGCCUUACUCAUUCGGCCUUGGGAAACGUGCAGGUCCUUACUCUUUCGGCCUUGGAAAACGUGCAGGUCCUUAUGAAUUUGGCCUUGGAAAACGUGCAGGUCCUUACUCAUUCGGCUUAGGAAAACGUGCUGGUCCCUAUGAAUUUGGUCUUGGAAAACGUGCAGGGCCUUACGAAUUUGGGCUUGGAAAGAGACCCUCAGAUGGCAUGUACGCAUUUGGGCUUGGCAAGAGAGGUGGCCCUUACUCCUUCGGACUCGGCAAACGUGGAGGUCCUUAUUCAUUCGGCCUUGGGAAGAGAGGUGGUCCUUACUCCUUCGGCCUUGGCAAGAGGGACGUGGAUGAAGAGGAACAAGAUAAAAUGGUACUUGAAAAUCAGGCUUCCAGUGGUGAUUCUUCCUCUUCCUCUUCCCCUUCCUCCUCCUCCUCCUCCUCUUAGGUUUGUCUGUAAUGCGUUUUAAUCUUUUGAAAGAACUCUAUAUACAUAAAAUAAUGCUAUACUACGUUGAUUAAGAAGUUAAAUAAAUAAACAAAUAAACCUAAUAUAUGAAAGAGAUUUAUCCUCAAAUAUAUAUAUACAAAAUAAAAUACUACGAUAUGAAGUAUGAAGAAUAAAAAUGUAUAGAUGUCAAGUUAUAGAGGUGUGAAUCCCUUAUGUAGAGAGACUAUAAGUGACACAACAAACACAAGACAAUAGAUUCAUGGAGCAAUAGGAAAACAACAUACACAUUCCAUUACCUUAUGAAAAGACGAUGAAUGACAAGAACAAAAGAGAAUCGAAUACCUUAUAAAAAUAUUUAAUUCCUCUUAGAUUCUACACAAGUAAACAAAAGAGGAUCGAUAACAUAUGAAAACACGAUUCUAGACAAUAAAUAAAACAAAAUAGAAUCGAAUACCUUAUAGAUAUGAAGUUUUGGGCAAUAAAUAAAAAAACAGAUUCAAAUGCCUUAUGAAAAGACAGUUUUGGACAAUAAGUAAACACACAUCCUAAUGGAAGACAAUUAAUGACAGAAUUACAAAAAUCUAUAAAAAAGAGUAAAGAAAUGAAUCUUGGGAAAUAAAAGAACUGCAAAUAGAUACAAAAAUAAGGAAAACAGG